AUUGUGUUUAAGAUAAAUGUGGAGCAAUCAGUGGUGCUGAGCUCCGGCCCCCUAUCAUAUCAAUAUACAAUAUCUAACCUGACGUUGCAUUUCGGUCGCGAGAAUAACCGGGGGUCGGAGCACACUAUUAGCGGCGUUCAGUUCCCGGGAGAGCUGCAACUGUACGCCUAUAACUCACAAUUAUACUCAAAUUGGACCGAAGCCAAGCACGAGGCCAAUGGUUUGGCCGCCAUAUCGGUGCUCAUCAGCUUCUCCAAGAACUCCAAUCAGGCCAACACUCAACUCAAACAUAUCACUCACGCCCUCAAGAAUAUCACUCACAGAGGUCCAGAUUUCUGGGGUCGACUCAAUCCCAAAUGGAGUCACUGUAAUAAAGGCCGCCGACAAUCGCCUAUUGAUAUUAAUCCUGAAUUAUUGUUAUAUGACCCUGGUCUUCUCCCAGUCAACAUUAAUGGCGAUCACGUCAGCGGCAAACUCAUUAACACCGGCCGUAGUAUUGUGUUUAAGAUAAAUGUGGAGCAAUCAGUGGUGCUGAGCUCCGGCCCCCUAUCAUAUCAAUAUACAAUAUCUAACCUGACGUUGCAUUUCGGUCGCGAGAAUAACCGGGGGUCGGAGCACACCAUUAGCGGCGUUCAGUUCCCGGGAGAGCUGCAACUGUACGCCUAUAACUCACAAUUAUACUCAAAUUGGACCGAAGCCAAGCACGAGGCCAAUGGUUUGGCCGCCAUAUCGGUGCUCAUCUCCUUCUCCAAGAACUCCAAUCAGGCCAACACUCAACUCAAACAUAUCACUCACGCCCUCAAGAAUAUCACUCACAGA